AUGGGACUGUCAAAAAUUGCGAUUUCUUUAAUUUUGAUUUGUGCGGCCUUUAACGUUGCAACUCUUUUUCCGAAAUUACAAAUCGUUCUUGGCAAUGUGCUCAUUCGCUCUUGGCUGCCUUCAGUUAUUGAUCUGGUUGAAGAAAUCGCCGUGGGCCUACACAAGUACUGCACCGAAAGGUUGCUUGAAGAUAUCAAGAAAGGCUUCACUAUUCUCACUGGCUUGUUUAGUAGUGUAUUUACUUUGAUACAACCAGCAGUCGGAAAUGUGUUUAAAGUUAUCACGGAUGCCCUGAUUGCAUUCCACAAUAACGGCAUGGGAUACACUGAUGAAAUUCUACAACAGCUUCUUGGUAUAGAUGGUAAGGACUGUACAGAUCCAAUACUGAAUCUGAUGUGACUCCCCUAUCAAAAUCUUGCAUAGUAACUAGGUAAUCACUCAUUGAUCUGAAAGAAUUGUUAGCACCAAACAUGUUGGUGCUGGGGUUUCAUAGGUUAAUAAAAUGCUGCCAGUUCUUUGAGCCAAUCAAAAAAGGAUAUGUAAGGUAAGAGGAAAUAUAAAGGAUAAUAAGCCAAGAAUACAGCUGUAUAUAGCUAUAGAAAGCAAAGGUGAUUUGUUUAAUGUAUUUUCUAUAAUUUUUUACUGUCAGUUGAAUACUUUUGCAUAUCAUCAUUUUUAGACAAAUGUGAUAAAAUGAGUCUCUGUUACUGAGAUCCUAAGUUAUUCCAUCUCUUCUAAAGGUAUUAAUUUUGACCAUUGUGAAUUCAGGGGUACUUUCUAUUAUGCCCAAAUUGCUGGAAAAUUUUGUCCAAUAGCAUAUUAAUUAAAUGAACUUGGUACAGGUGGAAAAUUCUGGGAUAAGUGGUCCACGUCCUGAAGGUUUCUCUCUGUCGGUCUUGUCUGAUAAAAAUUGGCUGUUCUGUUGUCAAAAAUUCUCAUGGCCAGUCCCACUUCACUAAGAAGUAUUCAAAAUGUUAGUCAAAAUUUUAAUAGAAUGAUUCAGCUCAGUUAGAAAUAAUUUUCUCAAUCGAACAAUGUCACUCUAUUUUUCUACGAUAGAAGUUCCUGUGGUUUCUGACUGGUCAGUCUGAUAUAAUGAAAAGAACCUUGGACAGCUUUGUCUUUUUCAGGAAAAUAUGAAACCCUAUAUGAAUAUCUCACUUUCCAUCUAGUGGACUAACUCCUGUUCCAGAUCAUCAACUUGCAGGAUAUCACAAAAAUUUGUCUCCUUUGUUUUUGCAGGAGCAGCCCUGCCAGAUCAGGUUGGAUCAGCAAGGAAUAAACUUUUGUCAUUAAUCCUAUUUCUUGUUUGGAUCAUCACAGGCCUUGUUUGUAUUUCCAGAAUGUCCUACAACAAGUUCUUUCUUCUGAUGUCCAGCACUUUCCUGGUACAUGCAUUUUUUGGUCCUGUCUGGUGCUUGCACAGACUGGCAUUUUGCAUUGGAGUUUGUAUGUGGAUGGGUUCCCUUGUAUCCAACAAACCCAUACCUGCUGCCAUUACCGUCUUGGUUGCUUUCACUUUAACAGGCCUCAGGAAGUGGAGAAAAAAGGUUGCCAUGACAACAAAGACCAGUGAUCUUUUGAAGUUAAAUGAAAGCUUGGAGCACAGACUAGAUGGAAUAGAAAAGAAACUUGAUGUUUUGGUGUCAAAGCUGAAUGUCAUUUGUGGCAGUUCCAGUUAAUCUUCCACCCAGUCCUUCCACAGUCAAACUAANGGAUCAGCAAGGAAUAAACUUUUGUCAUUAAUCCUAUUUCUUGUUUGGAUCAUCACAGGCCUUGUUUGUAUUUCCAGAAUGUCCUACAACAAGUUCUUUCUUCUGAUGUCCAGCACUUUCCUGGUACAUGCAUUUUUUGGUCCUGUCUGGUGCUUGCACAGACUGGCAUUUUGCAUUGGAGUUUGUAUGUGGAUGGGUUCCCUUGUAUCCAACAAACCCAUACCUGCUGCCAUUACCGUCUUGGUUGCUUUCACUUUAACAGGCCUCAGGAAGUGGAGAAAAAAGGUUGCCAUGACAACAAAGACCAGUGAUCUUUUGAAGUUAAAUGAAAGCUUGGAGCACAGACUAGAUGGAAUAGAAAAGAAACUUGAUGUUUUGGUGUCAAAGCUGAAUGUCAUUUGUGGCAGUUCCAGUUAAUCUUCCACCCAGUCCUUCCACAGUCAAACUAAACACAGUGUGAUCUGGGUUCUAGAUUGGAAAUGCAGCUAUUUUUUUGGAAGACAUUAGGGCCAUUUAUACGAGGAAAAAUAAGACGUGUCUUACCAUUAAUUUUAUACGAGCAUGUCUUAUCUAAUAAGACGCGUCUUAGCUAAGCCGUGUCUUAUUUUAGACGAAAUGUGCCGUUUAUACUGAAAGUUCGUGUCUUAUGUAAGACGCGUCUUAUUUUUCCUGGUAUAAAUGGCCCUAAUGAGACAUGAACUGAGUAUCACAAUAAAUUAUGAUCUAUUUUCCAAUUAUCAUCACCCUUUCUUUUUUUAUCUGUCAUCAUUCUGUAGUGUGUAUAUAGGGACCACGAUGCUUGGACAGACCACACGGUAAAUUGUAUAAAAGUCGGGUUAAUUGUACCUGUAAUUACUGUCAAUUGUAUUUAAGAAUGAUUACUGCAUAAGUUAUAUUAUUAGUAUCAUUAGUAUCAUCGGUCAUAACAUUUCUCUUGAAAGAUUGCCCCCUCCUUGUUACCCAUGAUUGUUUAUGCUAAAAUUCAAAAUAGUUUACUACAAUGUUCUCUUGUAGCUGGAAUGUGUAAAAUAUUUCAAGUAAGUCCUUCAGACAUAGGGUAGCAGGGAAGUGACAAAUAAUUGCAUGGUCGGAUUAACACCUAAAAUUGCCCCUAAAUGAGAAAAAGGUCAGGGAUAGAAUUUUGUGAGAAAUUUUUCCACAGUUAUUUAUGUCAUUCUUUUUUCUAAUGAAUAAUGAAAUAAUAAUAAUACUUUAAUUAUCCUCUCCCCUUUUGUGGCUUUUCAGGGAUGAUGAAACAAAUAAUUUAAAAUGCAGGAACAUAACAUGGUUAAAAGUCUCAACUGGUAGGAGGCGAACCAGUUGGCUAUUUUACAAGCGUGGACGAGGAUUUGAAAUCGGGACUACCAAGAACAAAUUCCUCCCCACCGGGGACUGUUGGGUUUGUCGCUGAGAAAUGGGACUGGAAUGGGACCGGUGGGGCGACUUGUAUUAACAAAAGGGUAAGGGGGCGCGCUAGGCUCGGCCGCCGUGAGGUUCGGGAACUACAAGGUUUUCCUUCACCUAUAGUUUAGACAAAGUGAUUUAAUUUAUUUGACUGUAUGACUGUUACCAGCCAUAAGUCUCUAUGUUCCUACGUGGAUUUGUUAAAGUCCCUGUAGGUGUCGUCGCUUUUGUGGCCGCUUCAUCCCUCGUCAAGAAUCAACUCGGUGAGUUUAAAAACUGUUUUUUUUUUCUGUUGGCGCGCGGACGGUACCAAGGUUUUAUUUUCGAUCUGUUUUGGUGUUAUUGUUAAGCUUAAAAUAAACUUUUCGGUUUGUAGCAUAAUAUCCGACAGUAUUGCUUCUCAAAUUGCAGCUUUUCAGUCUCAUUUGCUGUAGUGCUUCGAACGUUCUCAAUGACCGUCAUGUUGUAACCAAGCUUGUUAGGUUCCAUUUGCUCUCACUGAUUAUUAUAAAUACUCCUAAUUUCCAAGAAAAAAUAAGAGGGGGAACAUUUUGCCAAAUGAGACAGUUAAUGCCUCCUCUUUUAUGGCAUUUACAAACUGCCUUUAAUUUAACAAACUAUUUGACUAUUGACCGCUGGAAAAUUUGCAAGAAUCAUCAGAUGGAGGUAAAUGAUAGAUAUCCUGUUUUACGGAAGGCUUUUUAAUUUGAUGUGCCGUGGCCUUAAUUAGAUGAACGGCUCAAGCAUUAAUGAAGUUUCUAAAGUAUUGUGUCGUAAAAUGUGUUACAAGAUGUAGUAAAUCAAACAGUUUUGCUCAUAGCCUCUUGAAUUACUUUUAUAACUACAGCUUGGAGGUAACGAACUUUGUAAAAGUAUCUUAUUGUUUUAGGUAAUUAUUUCAAGUUCUUAGAGUAUUUUAUAUGACAUAGACAGCUGCAAUGCAUCAUUCAUCAUAUCCAGUCACUAUGACGGGCGUCAUCUCUUGACUCAUGACAGCUGCUUUGAGCACAGGCAGACCACCCUCUGUUUGUGUGGCAGUGGUUGUUACUGAAACCUGAGCAUCGGUAUUUUAAACUCAAUAGAAGAAAGACAGAUGAACAUUACUGCGGCUGCAGUUUACUCCGAAAUACAGAUUUGAACCAAAAUGUUCAAGCGAAGUUCAAGAGAAAUGAUAACUUAGUCACACACACAAGACAAGGCUGGCAGCAAUCAGCUACCGGCAGGUCUCCUUCUUUAGUUUUAAACCACUUAUCUUGGACGGAAAAUAUGUGCUAUGAAAGCGACGUCCUUAGUUACCUAUAGAGAGGCACAUGUAUGUCCACCCCAGGCAUUGUUAGUGUGUCUGUGAUCAUCAACAAAAAUUUUCACUCUCCAACAGAACCUUGUGUAAUAAUUCAUUUAGUUGUGAACCAAUUUUUUGGUGCUGAUGUCCUUAUUCUCAGCAUGAGUAAUGCAUACUAUUGUUCAAAUAAUAAUAAUAAUAAAUUUAUUUAUUUAUUUAUUUAUUUAUUUUAAUAAACAACUUUAUUUAAAAUCUUGUAAAAAACCUAUACACAAAAGAAAAAAAAACUGCAGUAGGGUAAUUAUAGUUCCUCACCAAAUACAUACAUGAAAUUCUUAGACUAAAAGCAUAGGAGCUAGUUGAAAAAAAAAAUAUAAAUUCGUUGUAAAACAUGUACAUGAUAAAACCAUCCAUCAUGCCUAUCAGCCUCUAAAACUAGAUAUAUAUAUAUAUAUCUGUGUGAUUUUGCUAAAAGGUGCCCGCCAAGUUUUCGCUUGAACACCGGCAUCGCCUGUGUUCAAGCCAGUGUAGCCGGAAGAAAACCAGGGGGCUUGCCGUCUUGCUAGGUGUCAGCUGAGAGCCCUGGCCCAGACCUAUCCGCGGGUGGGUGACUUCCUUGUUUUGAGUGAAAACCAGGGGGGUAGGCAGGGGAGAUUUUGUCACUUUGGUUAGAGUUUUAUGUCAGAAAGCAGUGCAAAGUCAGAGAAUUUUUCCUGUGGCCUAGGCCAACCAAGUCAAUGUGGUGACUCAUAAUCAUAACACUACUAGCAGAGCUUGGGGGAAGUGAUUGACUACUCAUAAGCUUCAUGGGUGGGGAGGGUGAGUAAUGGCUCCUUCAAGUUGACCUUCUAGAGACUCAGUACAGGCACCUUGUAUGAAAUCCAGACAGAUAUAUAUAUAUAUAUAUAUAUAUAUAUAUAUAUUCUAAAACACUGAUAAAAGCUGACAACCUCUAGCAUAUAACAAACAGUACACUUAGAGAAAAUGAAAAUAAGACACCGCAAUGACUGUACAAGAAUUGGUUUUCUGGGCAAAUGUCAAACAAAAUAAAAAGGUCUUUAGAGCCUGCUUGAAACCCUGAACAUUUUGGAUACUCCUGAUAACUGAAGAAGGAGUGUUCAACAGUGAGGGCUCAACACAAAGUGAAGGUUCUGUUCAAAGACAGUAAUAUUCUUUGUCCCUUUGAAAAUGAAAUGACAUUGUUUUAUAGUCACAAUUAAUUGCAGCUUAGUUUGCUAAUCAAUGUUAGCAUCUGUGAGGGCGUAAUGGCAAAGCUGUUAUUCAAAAAAUUAUUAGAUAAUAACUAUUUUUUUGUUAUUAUUUCGUUUUUAUUUCUUUUAGUAAUGGUGCAAAAACUGCAUGCAAGCCCGUUACAAAAAUGCAAGACUUUUGUUAUUCUUUUGUCAGGAAGUAUUGCCAAGUGUCAUAUUGGAAUGCAUACCAAAGCCUGUUCACUGGAAUAUCCUUGCACAAAUGUAACAAGAUUCCCAGUUCCUGCUGAAUUUGUGGACUGGAAGGUUUCAUUUCCAGAUUACAAACCUGUGGUUUACACAGCACAAAAAGUGCUUGAAAAACCUCCCUGGGCUGAUCCUGACAUCAGGUGAGAAGGUUCUUCUUAGGACCAGUGUGGCCAUAGGACAAUAUGGUCUCAAGAGUGAUCAGCAUCAAUUUUCUCCCAACACUAUUUAUACAUAAUCAAGAAAAAAGGUCUUGAGAAAUGAUAGAAUGAUCACUGAAGGUGAAAUGUCUUGGUCUUUUACCAAAUUCUCUCAACUUAUUCUUCAAGGAAUGUAUGGAGAUCAGUGUGUAGAAAUUAAAAGUGCAUGUGGAUAUCGGAACUUCAAGGGCUAAUAUAGGUUCCAUCACAGGCAGAUCAAGGAUUAUGAUUGCAGAGGGUCACCUCAAAAAAUAGAGAGUAAAAUGGUUUCCUGGGCUGAAUGGGGGUUCAGCCACCCAAGGAACCCUAAACCUAACCCCCAUAUCCACCCUGAGUUCCAUUGUAAUGGUUUAAUUUAUAUUUGGCUUCACAUGACUAUAUGACUGGCUGCCAGUCAAGGUUUUCAAAAUAUUAAAAUUAAUAGUCAUAGCGUUAUGAGCAAUACAUUUAUAUUCUUUGUCUCCUAUCCUAAUCGCUAAACCUAGAUCACUUUAUCUACCCAUGAAAAUAUACAUCCAGAGAUGAAACAAAUGCAGAUCGAACAAUUGAUCAUUCAGUGAUUUGAAAACCUUGACUAGCUGCUGGCCCACUGUUAGUUAUACAUUUGAUUCUAAACCAUGCAAUCUUUUACUUUUUGAAUAGUUUUGUUCAGAAAUAAAUCUAAAAAGUGGAUGUCAUUUCUCUGACAGCUCUGGACCAGUGAAAGAGGCCCUCAAAUAUAAUGACCUUGAUACUUACUACAAAACAGAUAGAAGAAGUUUAACAGGAAAGUAUGAAGUCAUACAAGGAGUCCCAAGGUUAGGUCAUGUGCCUCUUUCAUUACUAGGCAUCCUUGGAGACCCAGGGGCAGAUAGUGGAGGCAAGGGAAAGUCUAAACGGGCGGGAAAAUAUGGCACGAAGAAAAGUAAAGAACGGCGAGAAGAGCCCCUGGGAACAAUGUCUUACCAGACCAGUUCUAAACGGUCGCUGCUGUUCUGACUUCUGAUUGGUGCCAGAAAACUUUUGUGUUUUUCUGCCCACUCAGAAGACAGAACAGCGGUGACCGUUUGGAACUGGUCUGGUAAGACAUUGUCCCCAGGGGCUGUUCUCGCCAUUCUUUACUUUAAUUCGUGCCAUAUUUUUCCACCCGUUUAGACUUUCCCUUCCCCCCACUAUCUGCCCCUGGGUCUCCGAGGAUGAUUACUAGGCAGCUUUAACAAAGACACUGCAAGGUCAAAUGAGAGUACAAAAGUGUAUGGAAACAGUGGCCAAUCCAGACCUUCAGAUAAGGGGGGGGGAGAACGGUCGUCCAGACCCUGAGAUAAGGGGGGGCUCAGUCUCCAAAACAUUUUUUUAGGCCCUUCGGGCCUCAGUUUGGCCUGCCUGUGUGCUUACUGACUAACUAGUGUUUUUUUAGCUGUUUACUGGCUACAGCUGUACCCCAUUGACACCCUCUCCUAAAGGCCAAAAUUCUUAAAGGAAAGUUUGAAGCCAAAAUAGAAUAUACAGAAGGGUGAUUGGGAGUUUCAGGAGUAUUCAUUAUUUCUGGAACAAUGUAUUGGAUUUUACUUAUAAAAAGUGUUUGUUUUAAAGGAAUCCUGUUGGUAGGACUGGUAUGAUUGGUAGAGGAUUGCUUGGAAAAUGGGGUCCCAACCAUGCUGCUGAUCCAUUGGUUACAAGGUAUAUAAUAAUUUUAUUUACCUGUUCUCCAGGCAAAAAGACUUUUUGCGAGGGGACGUGUUCACUGUCCAGGGGUGGUUUAGAACUCACUUCAGGUAAAUAUAAUAUUGUAAAUGCUAAAAAAAGUUGCUUGGGCACUUAUAAUUAAAUUUUGUGACUCCAUAGGCGACACUUAUGAAAGGGGGUGUGCAGGGGGCACUUAUUUCAUUAUCAAAUUUACCUAGGCCUUAAGUCAAGACUACUGUGUCACUUUUAAACCCAAAUUUUGCUUUCUGUGCAUGCCCGAACUUCACAAGCUAUUUAUUUUGCAUCUGGAUCAGAACGCUGCGAAGUGUACGACCUGUAAAUGGCUUUAUGGUAGGUUUUAGCUCUCUAUAGCACAACAGUGACCAGAAAACCGCUCGACGAGCUUCAAAACAAGUUUUUUGGCAAAAUUUCCAGGGGCAAAUGGGGCUGGCGAGCGUGGCCAAAAAAUCGGCUAGCAGACCCUAUAUUGUUGUUGUGGAGCAGUUAUGGUGGGGGGAGGGGGGGUUGGGUUUUGGGUCUUUGUGUGGUUGUCGGGGGGGGGGGGGGGGUGAGGGGGGGGGGGGGGGGUGGGGGGGGGCUAAAGACAGCACUAAUUUGUACAUAAUUUUAUGGUAUGUACCAAAUAUUCUUAUCCAUAUCUUUAAGGUAUAAGAUUAAGGUGUGUUCUCUUUCAGAUGGAAAAGGGACAGCUCUGGAGAAAAAAUUCACAAAGAUGGAAAACCAGUUUUAGAAUUUGUUGCAGUUCAGAGAACAGAUUGCUCAGAAUGGGCUCUUCCAGGGGUAAGUGAACAAUCAGAAACUAAAUGCAAGGGAUAGUGAUGGCUACCAAGGCUAUCCUGUACUGACUGGUUUACCUUUUUAGCAAAGGCAAUAAAAAUCCUCAUUUUCGAGAACACUUUUAUUUGUUUUUAGUGUCUUUGCUAAAAAAAGUAAGCCUCUGUGAAGUCUACAAUAUAAUGGGAGAGACAAACUUUAGAUAACUUAUGCAUUUUUAAUAGAUAAGCUUUUCUUUAGUGCUACAGCAUUCUUGACUUUGUAUUAAAAAAAGUAAUAGAACUGGUGGGCACAGGCACACCACUCUUACCCGGUCAAUUCCAGUCUGUUGUGGACACAUCAAUGCUAAUAGUUGUCUUAGGGAUCUUUCCAGAAGUCUACACUGGCCAGCCUGCCCAGUCAUUUUGAAAAUGAAAUUUUAAUCCUUUCUCAAAAUUUUCGCUAUUACUGCCGUGCAGGGGAUUUAGUAAUAUGCUGAUCUGACAUUUAAGUCCUGAUGUAAUAGUAGAAUUCCCUUUGCAACUGAACUGGUCUAAUCAACCAAUUCUAUCAAAUGAUAUGCACCCUCAGACUGACAGACCACAAGACAAGGGAGAGGAACAGCUCGUUCGUGAAGUGCGUGUAGACAGGCUAGGGCAACUUUACCAUUCCCAUUCUGUUUUUGUUCUAUCUCCAGACGUUUUUCAGUCUUCUUAGUAGGCUACUCCACUGUUUUCAAAACUGUAAAUUAAAAUAAAUUGAAUCCAUUGUUUGAAAGAGCUCCCAAGAUGGCCCGGUCAGACCGUUUCCCUUUUUUCCUCGUUUUCAGGCUUCUGCGCACAGGAUUUGGGUUAAAACCUAACGUUCCGUAAAAGCGAUACAAUACAACACAAUACUUUUAUUAAUUCUCCCCGAGGGGCUUUUCAGAAUUAAUUUACAAUAUGUAUAUAAUACAACUAAGACUAAUGAUAUACAUGUUCUUGAUAUAUAAAUAACAACUUAAAAUUACUACUUCUAAUGUUAACUAACAAAGUAAUAAUAUACUAUGGUAUGUAUACCGGUAUCUUAUUUCUUCAUUAAUUCUGCCUUUGCAUGCUUUUUAAAUGAUCUUAAUGAUCGGGCAGUUCUAGUGUUGUUACUGAGACUAUUCCACGCUUUUGCUGCCCGAUAAAAGAAGCCACUCUGGGCAGCCGCUGUCCGGCAUCCUGGCAGGUUUAGAUGUUCACUGUUGCGGAGAUUGUAAGCGUGCCCAUUGCGAUGGUCAUGCGAUUCUUUCAGUGCUGUAUACCUCUACUUUCUGUUCCUGUUAAGUGUUCGGCUGAUAAGUGUAGUAUUUUGUGCUAGGGAAUGGUUGAUCCUGGUGAACCCGUUACGUACACGCUCAAGAGGGAAUUUGGCGAGGAAGCAUUAAAUUCUCUUGAACUUACGCCAGAGGAGAAUAAACGGCUUCAUGAUUUAUUGGAUGAUCUCUUCCAUCAUGGAACUGUGGUAACAACACGUCUUGUAUAAUUUAGAAAGUUUAUGAAAAUUACGUGUUGAUUAUUACAGGAACUAAGGUUGUAAGAGCUCCAGUAGCGAAGAGAGCAGCUUUAACAGGGUUGCCAUGGACGGUAGAAGAGACAGGGAAAAGUCGAAGGGGAAAAGGGGGGUUUGCAAAAGGUCAGGGAUAAUCAAAAAAGGAAGUAAAUGAGAAGUCAAGGAAUUUUAUUUUUAGAGGUUGCCACAUUCCACAGUUCAGGCACAGUCACUUUUGUCCAGAACAACAACAACAAAAAAUACUCUACAUAGAAUUAGAUGAGCUCUAUCAGAACUAGGUGGUACGUAGGUGGCGUCUGACGCCCAACGUUUGCCCUCGGGCGUGUAGAAAAUCUUAAUUUCCAUACAAUGUUGGCUCCUCUAGAUUUUACAGGUUUAGGGCACUGGGUUCCGUUCAAUUUUCCUUAGAGCACAGCCUUGCUAUACAUCGUUGUGUCUGAUACUUCAACGAGUUCAAGUCCUGAAAUCUAAAAGCUCAAAAAAAUGUGAAAUAGAAAGAUAAUAUAAAUUACGUGCAUGUUAGGAAAGAUUAGUGAAUUAUUUUUUGUGGCAGGGAGUGGCAUACCUUUUCAAGAAAAACAACUUAAACUAGGACGAAAUAUGUGACAAAUGUCUAGAGAUCUUCAACCAUUUCGUUAGAGGUUGAUAUUCAGGGUUUUCUUGGGUUUUUUCCUUGUUUUUAAGAUUUUUAAAGGCUACAUAGAUGAUCCUAGGAACACAGAUAAUUCCUGGAUGGAAAGCCAAGCAGUUAAUUACCAUGACGACACAGGAAAAGCCUUUGAAAAGUUUGCGCUCAAAGCUGGUGAUGAUGCCAAAAAUGUCAGAUGGAUGGAUGUCUCACAUGAACUACGGUUGUAUGCAAACCACAAUGAUUUGGUGAAGGAAGUUGCUAAAAGACUUAAUGCUUAUUGGUAGUGAAUAACCCCCUUGGGAGGGGAAAAAUUACAUA